AAACACUUAAAGCGACAGCGACAAAUAGCCGGUGUAAACUUUUGAAAUAUUUUCAAUACAUUUUCCAUUGGUUGUGUGUCGGCUUCAUACAGUAUCCAUCGUGUCAUUCAGCAGUAUAACCAAAAAUAAUCGCUAAAAAGUUUUACUUCAAGCCUCUCAGUAACAGCACUGUGCGCGCGACCACUGCCCGACAGCGCGCAAAAGACGAGACCGUGCAAGGGCGCCAAAUAGGAAGAACGUCGUGUAGCUGCUAGUUAGCUGAUGACAAAAUGUACAAUAUAGUAAACAAACCAUACCAAAAGCCAGGUAAAUACACUACUCAACUGUAAUUUCACUUUUGAGGAAACCUGUUAACCAGAUACUUUUACUGGAACUUCGAGGUAGGAUCAGAAGCCACUAACUAGAAACUUGCUUAAGCUAAGCCAUGGAUCAGGGUGGGGAAGUGGCCGUUUGGCCUCGCAUGGAGCCCUUCCUUUUGGGUGCUCUGCAGGUAGCACCCCCUACCAAACUCAGCCUCCACUACCUGCGCAAGAUGGCUGCCUAUGUGCGCUCCCGAGAGGGCUGCUUCCCCUUGCUGGGCUGGUUAAUGUGGAGGCACAUAGCCUGUGGCAAGCUGCAGCUCCCUGAGGAACUUGCCUGGCUGUACUUCGAGACCUUUGACCUGCUGAUUGGCCACCCAGCAGAGGAGAGGCUGGAGUGGGCAGAGAACCUAUCUCAGUGCUUAUCCCCCAGAGAGCUUGAACGCCAGAGGAGCAAGUUGAGUGUGGACACACUGCAGUUCCUCCUCUUCCUCUACAUACAGCAGCUGAACCGGGUGUCUCUGCGUACCUCUCUGAUUGGAGAAGAGUGGCCCAGCCCUCAUUCUCGCUCUACCUCAGACCGUGAAGCAAAGACCAGCUCUCAAAACAAGAACUGGGACGACCAGGCCCACCUGUCCUUCCUCCAGGCUCACCUGUGUGAGAUGCUGGAGCUGCUGGUUGAACCAGGUCAGCUGUCAGGGUCCGGUCAGGCAGUGAGGGACAGCCAGGUCUCCCUGGAAGCUGUACAGGGCCUUGGUCUGUUGCUGGAAGGUUCCAUGUCUUGCGGUCGAACCAUCCACCCCAUCCACAAGCUGCUCUCCAGAGCGCCUCACCAGGCCCAGGCGGGGUACUCCAAACUCACCCGCUCCUUCUCCCUGCACCCCCUGCUGGCUUGGCUCCGACAGGCCCUGGUGGUCAACCCCUUCGGGAUAACUGCCUGCCUGAGGUCCGGGAAGAAGCUAGCCUGGGCUCAGCAAGUGGAGGGCGCUAUAAAGAGGGCCAAGAUCGCCCGGAACACCCACAUGGCGCCCCCAGGCAGUAAGAUAGUGCUGAUGUCCCAGGUGUUUAGACAGACCCUGGCCAAGGACUCAGACAAGCUAGCGGGAGCAAACGUCAAAAUCCACCGCUGUAGCGAUGCCUUCAUCUACCUACUCUCCCCGCUCAGGUCGGUGAGUGUGGAGAAAUGUCGUAACAGCACGGUAGUCCUGGGUCCCGUCCAGACCAGCAUCCACAUCCAGAGCUGUGAGAAGGUCAGGGUGGUCUGUGUGGCUGGCCGGCUGACCGUAGGCUCCUCCUCUCAUUGUACCGUCCACGUCCUCACCCCCACCCGGCCCCUGAUCCUGCCCGGGAACACUGCUCUGACCCUGGGUCCCUUCCACACGCACUACCCCACCCUGGAGGAUCACAUGGCCAGUGUGGGUCUAGCCGUGGUACCCAACGCCUGGGACCAGCCCUUACUGCUGGGCGUGGAGGGCACCGUCCCGGAUCCCGGCUCGUACCGCCUGCUACCGCCCGCUGAGCUCUGCCCCCUGGUGGUGCCCUUCAGAAUGGACGGAGACACGUGUGAGGUGCCAGGCGGGCUGCCCUCGGUCUACCAGGAUGCCCUUGACCAGAGGGAGAAGAGUGUCCAGGACUGGCAGAAGACGGUGAAGGAUGCCCACCUGAACAAGGAGCAGCGGCGUCAGUUCCAGGCCGUAGUGGAGCAGAAGUUCCAUGAGUGGCUGUUGGAGUCGGGACACAGACAGGAGCUGGACAGCCUCAUCCCGCCCAGCAUUACCUCGGCGGACCACUCGGACAACGACGGCCUGGAGGCCAGGCCCCUUGACACCAGACCGGAAGAGACUUGUAGCCGGCCCGAGGGGCACACGCCGAUGCCUUGUUGAGUCUUGUAGCCUGGGUUCCUGUUGCUGGAGACCCCCAUAUAAAGAAGCACUCGCCUCACAGCCUCUAGCAGCUCUAAGCCCAGUUUGCAUGCCGUCCGCUGUUCCAGGCAGGCCAGGAAGGAUGGAAUGAGUAUCACCAGACUGUAGGAGGAGGGGGCCUGGUACGGAUGACUGGAUUCGCCUCUUUUCUUGUCUACUUUGUGCCGUGCAGACAUCCUAUUGCUGCUUCCCUUCAACCAGCUGAAACUGUGACCUGUCCCGAGUGUAUACCCUUCAUCUGAAGUGUGCACUUGCACACUCCUUGUCAUGGAUUUUAAAGUGGUGGUAUUAUACAGGGUUGAGAAUCGGGACAAAGCCAGUGGUCCCAGAGCACUUGGGCAACAAUAACAGGGUUCCUGUUAGCCACUCAGGUCUAUGUAGUCUGGGUCCUCUUGUAGUGAAUUCCGGACAAAUUAAAUAACAGGGAAUCAAGUUGUAAUGUCAAUGCAGAUAUUAACUUCAUUCAGUGAAGGGAGAAAAUAAUGUAUAUGUGUGAUUAUACGACAAAAAAGUCUGCAUGUAUUUUCUGGUAGCAGGAGACAGAGGGUGAUGAAUUUAGGUCUGCGUCUCCUCAGCAGAUUCCGGUGAAUUUAACAGCAUCCCAGCCUGAGCGUCAACCUGUUUGUGCUGCCGCUCAAUGUCACGCGGAACGUUUUCAAAAUGUUUGGCUUGGCAGUGCGUGACACUGUUGGCUAGAGCACAACGGAGUUGGGCCGGGCUUGAAGCCCGCUGGUUCGGGUUCUUGAAACAUGGUCGUUAAUGUAGACAGUAGAAGCCGCCUCUAAGAGGAUGGCAGGAACACUGGACUGAUAUGAAGAGACAGUAUGUUCUGUUUCAUGGGUCAAGGGACAAUAGAUCCAAAGCAGACAUGUGAAUUAAUACUCCUAGCUUGUGACAGAGAAUGCUGAUGUUGCUAGGAUUCCCUCAUUGCUUGUCCUUUCUCCUUUCUUGUUAGGUCAUAGUGGAGAUCGAUGAGAUUGUACUGUUUUUGAAAUGCCUUACUGCUGUAGCUUAGUCCCCUGAUUGACUUGCCUUUCUAAAACAUUGCACUGUGCCACACUACCUACACACCUACAAUGGAAACAAGUUGCAUUGUUUUCUAUGUGCACAAUUGUUACGUUUCUCAGUUUUCUUUAGACUUGAAUAAACUUUUUUUUGCCUUGA